GGUGGCAAAGAGAGUGAGUCGGUGCCGCUGCCUGCCUGAGGAGAGAGGAGGGGUCCCGCCUGCCCUGCGCACUUCGCAGGCCCAGAGCGUGAGGCACCCGCGAAUCUCUGAGGCCCCGCGGCCCCUGGGGACCCCGCCCCGCCGCCCGCUGGCCGGCCCGCGGCCUCUCUUCCCUUUGUGAGCGCCCCCUUCCCAGGGGUGGUGGUGUUGGCCGAGGACUGCGCGUGGGCCCGCCCGCCGAGGGGCCGCCGCGGGGAACCGAGAGGGCCUCGGCUGUGUGAGGACUGGAGGCGGCCGAGGCCCGGGACGGUUCCCCCGAGGCGGCGGCGGCGGCGGCGGUGGCGGUGGCGGCGGCUGCGGCGGCAGCUCCCGGCACUUCCCCGCGCCAUCUUAGCUGAGCCCCAGGGCUGAGGGCGCCUCUUCGACCCCGGUCGUUCCCUCGCCCCCCCCCACCCCCUUGCCCCUAGUCGCAGAGCUUGGGCUGGGCGGCUCGCUGGGGCUCCGGGGUGUGGGGGGGGUGCGGCGGUCUGUCGCCGGGCCCCCUCCUCCUCCUCCUCCUCUUCACUCCUUGCCCUCCAGCGUAGCGGCCACCAGAGCGCUGCAGGGGGCUGUGCCUGCCUUCCCCACCCCAGACCUGUUGGCGAAAGGUAGUUUAUGUCAGCGUGGCUUCAUUCACACAGAUGAACCAAGGAUUGGGAUAGGAGUAUAAAAUUAGAAUCAGACAGCUGACUGCCCAGCAGGAUGCCAUCAACCAACAGAGCGGGCAGCCUAAAGGACCCUGAAAUUGCAGAACUCUUUUUCAAAGAAGAUCCAGAGAAGCUCUUCACAGAUCUCAGAGAAAUUGGCCAUGGAAGCUUUGGAGCAGUGUAUUUUGCACGAGAUGUGCGUACAAAUGAAGUGGUGGCCAUCAAGAAAAUGUCAUAUAGUGGAAAGCAGUCUACUGAGAAAUGGCAGGAUAUUAUUAAGGAAGUCAAGUUUCUACAAAGAAUAAAACAUCCCAAUAGUAUAGAAUACAAAGGCUGCUAUUUACGUGAACACACAGCAUGGCUUGUAAUGGAAUAUUGUUUAGGAUCUGCCUCAGAUUUACUAGAAGUUCACAAAAAGCCAUUACAAGAAGUGGAAAUAGCAGCAAUUACACAUGGUGCUCUUCAGGGACUAGCCUAUUUACAUUCUCAUACCAUGAUCCAUAGAGAUAUCAAAGCAGGAAAUAUUCUUCUGACAGAACCAGGCCAAGUGAAACUUGCUGACUUUGGAUCUGCUUCCAUGGCAUCUCCUGCCAAUUCUUUUGUGGGAACACCUUAUUGGAUGGCCCCAGAAGUAAUUUUAGCCAUGGAUGAAGGGCAAUAUGAUGGCAAAGUAGAUGUAUGGUCUCUUGGAAUAACAUGCAUUGAACUAGCGGAAAGAAAACCUCCUUUAUUUAAUAUGAAUGCAAUGAGUGCCUUAUAUCACAUAGCCCAAAAUGAAUCCCCUACACUACAGUCUAAUGAAUGGUCUGAUUAUUUUCGCAACUUUGUAGAUUCUUGCCUCCAGAAAAUCCCUCAAGAUCGUCCUACAUCAGAGGAACUUUUAAAGCACAUGUUUGUUCUUCGGGAGCGUCCUGAAACAGUGUUAAUAGAUCUUAUUCAAAGGACAAAGGAUGCAGUAAGAGAACUGGACAAUCUGCAGUAUCGAAAGAUGAAAAAACUCCUUUUCCAGGAGGCACAUAAUGGACCAGCAGUAGAAGCACAGGAAGAAGAAGAGGAGCAAGAUCAUGGUGUUGGCCGAACAGGAACAGUGAAUAGUGUUGGAAGUAAUCAAUCUAUUCCCAGUAUGUCCAUCAGCGCCAGCAGCCAGAGCAGUAGUGUUAAUAGUCUUCCAGAUGCCUCAGAUGACAAGAGUGAGCUGGACAUGAUGGAAGGAGACCACACGGUGAUGUCUAAUAGUUCUGUCAUCCAUUUAAAACCUGAGGAGGAAAAUUACAGAGAAGAAGGAGAUCCUAGAACAAGAGCGUCAGAUCCACAAUCUCCACCCCAAGUAUCUCGUCACAAAUCACACUAUCGUAACAGAGAACAUUUUGCUACUAUACGGACAGCAUCACUGGUUACAAGGCAGAUGCAAGAACAUGAACAGGACUCUGAGCUUAGAGAACAGAUGUCUGGUUAUAAGCGAAUGAGGCGUCAACAUCAAAAGCAACUGAUGACACUAGAAAAUAAACUAAAGGCUGAGAUGGAUGAACAUCGCCUCAGAUUAGACAAAGAUCUUGAAACUCAGAGAAAUAAUUUUGCUGCAGAAAUGGAAAAACUUAUUAAAAAACACCAGGCUGCUAUGGAAAAAGAGGCUAAAGUGAUGGCCAAUGAGGAAAAGAAAUUUCAGCAACAUAUUCAAGCCCAACAGAAGAAGGAACUGAAUAGCUUUUUGGAGUCUCAGAAAAGAGAAUAUAAACUUCGAAAAGAGCAGCUUAAGGAGGAGUUGAAUGAAAACCAGAGUACUCCCAAAAAAGAAAAGCAAGAGUGGCUUUCCAAACAGAAGGAGAAUAUACAGCAUUUCCAAGCAGAAGAAGAAGCUAACCUUCUUCGACGUCAGCGGCAAUAUCUAGAGCUGGAAUGCCGUCGCUUCAAAAGAAGAAUGUUACUUGGGCGUCAUAACUUAGAGCAAGACCUUGUCAGGGAGGAGUUAAAUAAAAGACAGACUCAGAAGGACUUAGAGCAUGCCAUGCUUCUGCGACAACAUGAAUCAAUGCAAGAACUGGAGUUUCGCCACCUCAAUACAAUUCAGAAGAUGCGCUGUGAGUUGAUCAGAUUGCAACAUCAGACUGAGCUCACUAACCAGCUGGAAUAUAAUAAACGAAGGGAAAGAGAACUAAGGCGGAAACAUGUCAUGGAGGUUCGACAACAGCCUAAGAGUUUGAAGUCUAAAGAACUCCAAAUAAAAAAGCAGUUUCAGGAUACCUGCAAAAUCCAAACCAGACAGUACAAAGCGUUAAGAAAUCAUCUGCUGGAGACUACACCAAAGAGUGAGCACAAAGCUGUUCUAAAGAGGCUCAAGGAGGAGCAGACCCGGAAGUUAGCCAUCUUGGCUGAGCAGUAUGAUCACAGCAUUAAUGAAAUGCUGUCUACACAAGCUCUACGUUUGGACGAAGCACAGGAAGCAGAGUGCCAGGUUUUGAAGAUGCAGCUGCAGCAGGAACUGGAGCUGUUGAAUGCAUAUCAGAGCAAAAUCAAGAUGCAAGCUGAGGCACAACAUGAUCGAGAACUUCGGGAGCUUGAACAGAGGGUCUCCCUCCGCAGGGCACUCUUAGAACAAAAGAUUGAAGAAGAAAUGUUGGCUUUGCAGAAUGAACGCACAGAAAGAAUACGAAGCUUGUUAGAACGUCAAGCCAGAGAAAUUGAAGCUUUUGACUCUGAAAGCAUGAGACUAGGUUUUAGUAACAUGGUUCUCUCUAAUCUCUCUCCUGAGGCAUUCAGCCACAGCUACCCUGGAGCUUCUAGUUGGUCUCAUAAUCCUACUGGGGGUCCAGGACCUCAUUGGGGUCAUCCCAUGGGUGGCCCACCACAAGCUUGGGGGCAUCCAAUGCAAGGUGGACCCCAGCCAUGGGGUCACCCCUCGGGGCCAAUUCAAGGGGUACCUCGAGGUAGCAGUAUGGGAGUCCGCAAUAGCCCCCAGGCUCUGAGGCGGACAGCUUCUGGGGGACGGACAGAGCAGGGCAUGAGCAGAAGCACGAGUGUCACUUCACAAAUAUCCAAUGGGUCACAUAUGUCUUAUACAUAACUUAAUAAUUGAGUGGCAAUUCCGCUGGAGCUGUCUGCCAAAAGAAACUGCCUACAGACAUCGUCACAGCAGCCUCCUCACUUGGGUACUGCAGUGAGGAGCUGAGUGCAUAUGGUAUAUUUUAUUCAUUUUUGUAAAACAUUCUGUUUUUGUGUUUACUAAUUGGGAUGUCAUAGUAUUUGGCUGCCGGUUUUUGUUUUGGUUUUUAAGCUUUUGGGGAAAUUUUGGAAGGGGGAAUUAAUAUUAAAUAUGUAAGUGUGUGUGUGAGUAUGUUUACACACACACACAUACACACGUCUCAUGCAUGUGGUAAAAAGAAAUUGGCUACAUAGGGGUUAUUUUCUGAAUACUGCAAAAAGUGAACUAUGGCAAAAGGAAAUUUAUGAUAAUAUCUUAAAGCCUUUCUAUUUAUCCCAAGUUCUUAUGAGCCACUCAACAGCAGGCAGCAGUUGCUGAAUAAUUUAUUAUGGAACACCUCUGCAUCCCCUCACCAGUGUAAUUUCUUUGUUAAAUUGACUUGACUUCUCAGCCUCAUUUGGAGUUAAAAAAGAAAAAGAAAAGAAAUCCAUGAACACUAAAGGAUUGCACUGACUUUUUCAGAUGGUGGAAACAACUUAGUUCCUUUUUGAAUGCUUUAUAGAUGUGUCAGUGGUUUUUGACCAUUCAGUUGUUCCUUUUUUUGUGUUACAGUAAGAUGUGAGUGAUUAAGGAGAUCACAAGUUGCAUGAAAAGUAUGUUAGCAAACCAGUGAACUUUCAAGGGGAAAGACCAGAAAGGUGGUAAGAGGGGUUUUGGAAACUUCAUAUGUGGAAAUGUCUGAUGUCUGAGUGACAAUAUGAAACCUAAUAUCCUGACAUUUUGUUGCUUAUACUGUGAUGUGUCAUCCUAGCUAAGCUCUAUAACCCCCAAGACCCCAGACAGAACUUUUGCUUUGUAAGAAACAAAGACACACAGCCAAUAUAAAUCAAAUGCCAGAGGCAUUUGAAUGAUGCCAUAUUUGCAGACUGCCAUGUAUUGAAAUUUUCAUCACACUACUUCAAUGUAAUUUGUUUAUCCCUUUUGGCUUAUGGGAUUUCCUGUUUACAAGUAGAAUAGCCAAUUAUUUAAAUGUUUAGUUGCCAUAGUGAACCAGGAGUCACUGAGCCAAUGACUUUACCAGCUGCUGACUAAUCUUCAUCACCACUGUAGAUUUUUGCUGCAUGUGCAGGUCCUCUUUUUUGUUUGUUGGUUUUUUUGUUGUUUCUUUUUCUUCUUCUUCUUCUUUUUGCUAUUUUUGUUGCUGCAGUACUUUACAAACUUCUAGUUCAUCGAGACUUAGUGACCAUUUGGCACCAUAUUAACAUCAUACAAGAGGAAACACCACUUCCAAAAAGUCUCAAGCCUAAGUGUUAAAGUACUACUGAAAAGGAACUAGGAAGUUUGGCAAAUCAAAAAGAGGCAGGGUGAUGGUGGUUAUCGGGAUCAGGGAAUCUCUUGACAAAAACUAGCAUUACUUUGAGUGGGAAGGCAGCAUAUUUUGUUUAGUUUUGUUUUGUUUUGCAAUGAAGGAUCAACCCAAUGUUGAAAGCCAGUGUUAUUUGGUAUUCCAUUACUUGUAUGGAAAUAGAAUUGGAGGUGGGUGGGUGGCGUGCUGUGAAUAUGACUUGAAGAAAAGGAUAUCCUUUCCAGUGACAUAUCAGAAUUUCUUGUAUGUUGUUUUUCUAUUCCCUGCCCAAUUGUCUUGAAGAGUCCUUGCUGCUAUCUCUGGAUCCUGUUUUUUUAUAGUCAGAGAGCUCCAAGGUUCCUCUCAAUGAUAUUAUUUACUUAGACCAGACUAAUGACCAAAUAAUAAUCUAUCAUUCUUAAAGUCUUGGUUUUUCUUAAACAAACUGUUUCCCAGGGAUGUCAGUCUACUCUAUGAAUUCUCCCCUUUAAGUUUCUGGCAUUUGAUUUGAAGGUAACUGGAAGAAAUAUUAAUAUUUUAAUGUAAAUAUUUUGAAAGCCAAGAUUACAGUGGAAUUCACACAGUUUUAGAAUGUUUCCAGUAACUUCCAAAUGUCUUAUCUUGAUGGUCAUCAUUCAGGUUGCCACUCUUGAAGUGUACUUGAGUUAGUGAAAGAAAUGGGAUUUUAGUUUUUUCCCUGUCUGCCUUGCAUUCAAAAACAAGUUAAUAUACAGUAUUUGAAACAAAUUGAGUAAUCUACCUAUUAGGAACAAAAUAUGAGAGAGCUUCACAAUUUAAUAAAAUCGUAAAAUGUCCACAAGUAUGAUGGAAUUUGAUACCUUUAAAAUAAUUCCUCAUAUAUUUUGUCCCUCUGUACUAAAUUAAUAAAAGAGAAGCAGAUCAGUGUUACAUGCAGAACUCUUAAAUCCUAAAUAUUACCAAUAAUAAAUUUUAAAAUCCAGUUGUGAACUUAAGUUAGUCAAAUUGAAUUACCGAGCUCAUUCAGAAUAGUAUGUAUUUAUAUAAAAAUGUGAUUGAAUCUUUGACUCUGGAUCUGUCCAGGACAGUUUUGUAUCUAAUUGUGUGGCAACCAGUUUUUACAUAGGUCAUGACUUAAUAUAGAUUUAUACUAUUAAAUUUUAAUUAAAAUAUGUAGUGUUUGCAUAAAAUGAUUUAAAUUAAUUGGUUUGCGUGUGUUUGUAAGCUCUAACUUUUUAAGGACUCUCAUAUGCUAAAGAUCAUCACAGAGUAAUGCUCAUAGCAGGAAAUUGGAAAGGUUUGAGAUUCCCUCAAGAAAGAGUGACCAUUUUGUUAAGUAUGCAAAUGUCAAUGUUUGAUCAAAUAACACUACCUCCUCCUCAGUGUUGGUUUUCACUCAUUAUAUGUAUGGUUAAGAAAACUAAAAAUAUGGGAAAUAUGUUUAGCAUAAGUUAUAAAUGCUAUAUCUGGUAUCCAGAGCCUGGCAGUAAAAAUUUCUUAAUGUUUCCCCCUCUUCCCUCCCCUCCCCAUUUUUUUAAGUUAGCAUUUUAAAAAUGCAAAUCCUGUCUUGAAAUAAAUUAUCUCUAAUUGGAUUCUCUUCCCUUUGAAUGUGUUUUUCCUUUUUAUUUGAAAUCAGUUCUGAUUCCAAAUUAUAAUUAUAUUGCCAUUACAUCCAUCAUGUUAGCUGAAAGCUGUGUUUUCCUUAUUUUUAUUCAGAAUUUCCAUUUCUGUACCUAGAGAUGAAUAGUCCUCUGUUUGAAUCAGCACCCGCGGAGGUAAUAUGCUUAGUAUUCUCGGUCGAAGAUUUAUUGAUGAAUUGUAGUGUUUCACAUAGUCAUUAAUUUUGGCUGCCUCGACAUCAGGUAGAUACCACUCAAUCCACUGAAGCUGUCUGGAUAUUCCCUUCCACUCCACCAGUUUUCCCUUAUCCUCUUUUGAAAAACUGAAAACUUUAGGAGCAUAUUUUUCAGAACAUAAGGCAGACUUUUGUUACUUUCUGCUUCUGUAAGUACUAAAUGUCUAGCAUUUUAAACUUUUAGAAAAUACAUUGUGUUGGACACUGGAAUAAUACUAUUUAUUUUCACCUGUGAAAAACAACUUCAUUAUACUUGAAACACCUCCUUUGCAUUUCUCCAUUUGUGCCAUUCACUAGUGGAAAUAAAUUGUAUUAUACCAUGAUCUACUGGCUUUUUAAAACUGUUUAAUAUGCACAUUUUUGGUAUAGCUGUUAUCAUUUGUAUGUAUAUAUUGUAUAUACAUAUGAGUGUCUAUAUGUGUGUAAAGAUAGAUGGUGUAACUCAUACUGUACAUUUCUAUCAGGGCACUUAAGAUUCUGGUUUUGUUUGGUUUUGUUAUUUCAGUCCUCAGUUAAGGCAAGAAUGCCUGAGUUUCUUAGAAAUGAAUGUUCUGGGUUGAUAUUUAUGAGAAGGUGGUCAUUGAUUACAAUCUUCCCUUUUUUAAUCUCCGCUUAACACUUGUGUGAGUGGAGAGAAAAGUUUAGCAAAAUGUGGAACCAUAAUUUGCAAUUAAGUAAUAAUUUGCUGAGGAAGGAGCUAUUAUUAAGUGUUGUGAUUUAGUAAAAGACAAGUGAUGCGGAGAGAAAUGAACCAUGACAAGUUCAGAACUCUGGUGGUGAUUCCUCUGCACAGAUGGUUUAGAAAAGAGUUGGUAUUAGUGUGAGGGGCUUUCUCCUUAUAGCUAUCUUUCUUGCUUGCUAACAGUAAGUUCUUUCUGCACCUUCUACCCAUUCUGAGCCACUACUAUUAAAGCAGAGAUUUGGCCCAACACAGCAGCCAGCCUUUCCUUGGAGGUUUGUAUAGUCCUGUGUUUUGUCCCAUGCUCACAAAUGUGAAGUGUUUUAGUGUGUAGUGAAAUCAGAAAAUAAUGUAGAUAAGAUAUAGAAGUGUGAACCUCCUAUAUUAACGGAAGAAAAGUGUCUCAUUUUUUAGAUAGAGCCUUUUCUAAGGAACAGAUCAAACCUUGGGCUAUCAUCUUUGAGCUGCUUACCAAAAUACAGAUUAUUGUAAAGAAGCAAAUUCUAUUUUGUUUCUCCCAUCUAACAUAAUUGUAUCCCUAACCAGGUUGUAGCAUUUCCUUUUAAAAGGUCAUUACACACUCCUAGUUGUUAAGAACUGGACAUUUCCCAUCUUCAGAUUCCUUUCAGAUUGAAGUGUGUGCUCUACACUUAGCAGACUUGCCUCCUGUAUGCAAGGACUACUGAUUGAAGUCUGUUUUGCUGUGUCUGGUUAUGUUGUCUGCACUUUGAUGAAAUCUACGAAUAGGUCUACAUUGGAAAUGAUUAUUAGUAAACACUGUCUGGAAAAAGAAAGUGAAGCUGAGAACUCUUCCUUUAGUGUGCAUUUGUAUUUUCUACUGAAUUCUGGUCCCUAUAAAAUCAUAUUGAGUGAUUUUUUUUCCCCUCAUUUUUUUAUAUUUAGACUUCAAAAUUUCAUUUUGAAAUUGGAAACAGAACCUCUUUGGCCUAAGGGUAGCUUUCAGAUCAUAAGAAAUUUUAUAAAUUAGUAUGCACCUUAUCUGCCUACUGUGGGUUUGUUAAACUUGCACUUCCACCCACCCAAAGAUAGAAAAAAAUCUUUAGAGAGAAUAAAGGCAGAGGAUUACUGGGGAGCCAUUUACUAUGUCAGUGUCACUGUUAGCUGUUUCCCAGCUAUCCAAAAUUUUUGAAGCUUCCGAGAUGUGUGUGUGUAUGUGUGUGUUGGAGUGUAUUUGUUUUGUUUCGUUUUUAAAUAUGCAAAGCAUUCUUCAUUAUAUAGAAAAAAAGGGUUAUAUUCUCUUUGAAAUGGCAGGAAGCCCACACAACAUAGAAAUCUGAACAUAUAUAGGUAGUUUACCAUGAAAAAGUGGAGAGAAAAUGAGAUGUCUUGAGUGAAUGAAAUAGGGUAUGUUGAUGCCCAAGAAUUUCCCCUCACAGUACGGGUAAUUCAACCUGCACAGUUUUCUUUCACUCGUAGUUUUUACUAAUUAUGAGUGAAAUAUCAUGUAAUUAUCUGUAAAUAUGUAGCUAACAAAUUGACCUAGUUUCUGUAUUUUUUUGUUUUUGUACUAAAGUUUAUAGCUCUGUAACCGCUAGAGAGGAGUUGCUGUCAUUGCCAGUGUGGUCCUAGCAUCUAAUCCUGAAACCAUCCUCGGUGACAUUUUUAGAAUUAAUGCGUAAGUGUUGUUAAACAGGGAGAAGUAAAGCUUAAUCACUGGUCAGGUUUGAAAUCUUUUGAAGUGAAAUAAUUUUAUUUAACAUACUGAUUACAUGUCCUCAGUCAUGAAUGAGAUAAGAAACUGCCCUUCCCCAAUGGCCAUGUUUACAGAAGUGUGUUUUGUCUGUGAAGUACAAGUGUUUUAAUGUUGAUGUACAUUAUGCAGGUGGUAAUAUUAUGGUUUGGGACUGUUUGUUGGGCUCUUUCACUGAAUUUUCAAAUGAAAUGAACUAUACUUAAUGCUGGCGCAUAGAUCCCAUUUCUGGAACAUUUUCCCUAUUUCCACAACCACUUAUGUUCCUUUUGCAAUACCCCUGCAUAACCUCCCUUUCUGAUAUGCCUAUAGCCAAGGCAUUAAAGACCGGUAAACAUGGAUGAAAGAAAUACAUUUCUUAAAAAUCCAUAAACCCUCAAUGGUAUGCUUCAGUACUUGUGUUACACGUUUCUAUGGCAACUCUGAGGUCAGUGGUUUAGAAAUGAGAUACCAGUGUUAAUGAAAAGUGUGCACUCUUUGCUUUUGCAUGGCUUGGCUUAGUAUCCAAGGUAUAUUAGGGCCACUUAAAAAUAUGAUAAUCAGUAAUAUGGAACAGGUUUCUCUCAGUGGCAUAUUUUCAUUUUUGUGAGCCCUAAAAAACACUGCCUAGGCAUGAACAUUACUGUUACUAUAAAUUGUACAUUUAUGGGUAAUGGGGUAGAUAAAAAAGAUAAAGGAUAUAACUGCCUGACAUUUACAAAUUCUGGCUGGUCUACGUAGCCAUUUGGCACAUAUCGAAAGACCUGGGGGUAUUAGAACUCGAACUUGUCUGGGUUUUUUUGGUCAUAGUCAAGUAUAUCUAGUUUAUAGAAAUAUUGGUUGUCCCUGGUGUAUAUUGCCAGACAACUUACUUUCUGUUGCAGCCCAUUCCAAAUAUGCUCUUGUCCUUCCUUGCAUUUCAUAAUAUCUAAAGAAACCACCACUUCUUUGUAAUAGCUUUUUGUAAUUCUCAUUCCACGUUAAAUGGGAAUUGUGCCUAUUUAGAAUGCUUCUCCAGUUAAUCACAGAUGUCCCAAAAUCAUCCAAGUCAGCGAUGUAAGGUAGGAAAACAUUUCAAGAAAGAAAAACAUCUACUUGAGGCCAGUAAUUUUUCUCACAAGGUAUUUUACUCCCACUAACUUGAUCCUGAUGAAUGAGCCUAUCACGAGUUACCCAAAUAAAGAGGGAAAUGUGGGGUUACUAUGAAGAUACAAAUCUGUUUCUUAUUUUACAUUUUCUUUCAUGAUCCUUUCCCUAGAACUAGGCUAGAAUUUGUCAAUUCUUCCAAUUUCUUUCAUUUUGGUUAUUUUUUAGGGAAAUUUUUACAAAAGCAAUGGUCUGAUGUAAAUAACAUUUUGAAGUAUAGUGCACAUAACUUCCCGGACUGUUCCAACCUGAUGAUUUGCAAAUGCUUUAGAGUUUUUUAAAUUAACACUUGUGUUGCUAAAUCCUAUUUAUAUAUGUCUGCUAAGAUUUUUAACCCACUUAAAAAUUCAAACAUCUAAUGGAUGGGUUACUAUGAGUAAUUUAGCUUUCAGAAUCCCCGUGUUUAAGUAUAUGAAAAGUUGUAAUGCGCAUUAAUGAGGUGGGAGAGACUAUGAGAAAUAUGUAUAGUGUAUAUUUUAAAACAGCUUUGCUUGUAUUGUGAAGAAUUUAAAGCAAACUUGAGAUUUUUAACGUAACUAUUAACACAGUUUUAACAUAAGUUAUCCCACUGGGUUUAAGAGCAUCUUGAAUGUAUAAUCCUUUUUGUAACCCAGGUUGGUUUCUGCUUUUACCAGUCAUCCAAUAUUAUUUAUGUUUUUAGUUUUAUGUACUCAUUUCCCUUUGUUUUUCUCAAACCGCAUGAUUUUUCUUUUUGCACAUGUAGAAAUUUUUAAAAAGAAAAAUGAAUAUAUAGUUUCCUCUGGGUUUUCUUCACUUCUUUCCUUCUACUAAUCCCUCCUGAAAGGCCAUAUCACUCCAUUUGCAUCAUUGUGCAAAUGCCAGGGUUGGUUUUUAUUUUUAUUUUUGCUAUUUACCUUAAAAAAUGCUUCAGUCAGUUGCUUUUUUAUUUAAAAAAAAAAAGAAGAAAAAGAAAAAAAGCUGUAACCUUAUCAUUUCUGAGUAGACCAUUGAGAAAUGAAUGCACACCUGUAAUAGCCCAGGACCAGCUUUGGUGGCUAAAGGGAAUAUUUUAAGCAAAAGGUUCUUUUCUUUAAAAAGUGGUAUAUUUAUAUUAUCCACAGUCUACUUUGGUUAUUCCCACAAGUCGGGUACAAGUAAAAUGAGGGUUAUCAGCUAACUGAUGCUAUCAUUGAGGUUCAUCAAUGAAUUUGUACAUUUCUAGUUCCCUUUGGUGAAGGGAAAAAUGAUGAUUUUGCAAGACCUAGAUUUUUUUGGCUUGGUUUCUUGCCUCCUUUUUAGGCAGCCUUCAUCUUCUCAUCUCCCAAAGCCCUUGAUCCUGUAGGGUUUUCAUAAUGGACGAAGGACUUGUGGUCAUUUAAAACUGGGACUGAUUAUUUUGGGUGAGAGAUUAUCAUGUUGAAAGUAUGAUGUUCUACCACUUUACCAAUGGGUGAUUUUAAAUAUAUGCAGUCCUCUCGAUUCUUUUGGACCAAACAGAUGCCCACAGUGGAGGCUUGGCAAGGCUUGCAAUGGGGAAGAAGUCUCCCUCCCUGUCAGCGCCAGCUGGUAAAGGCGGCUGUACAGAUGUGCAUUUCCCUUUGGUAGAAAUGGUCCACGGCACUAACUGGUAAGGCUCAUUGUACAGCAUAUUGUCAGUGUUCUUCUGGUUCAGCAUACCUGAUAGUUCAUAUAUAACCUGUAUUAAUUGUAUAGAUUGUGCAUUUAAAGCUGUUACCAAGUUGUCAGAACAUAAGAGCGAAAACAAGGUCAUAUGUAAUAUUUUGUUUGUAAGUAUCCUUUGUAUCAUAGCAAAGGAAAUGUUUAAAAAAAAUCAACUGUAAUAAAGUAAUUUUAGUACACAGA